AUUUCUUCCAUCAACCCUAAUCUCUCUCUCUCUCUCUCUCUCUCUCUCUCAUCAUAAGCAAAUAUCUGAAAGAAUUAGGUGCCAUAUUCAUGGCGUUGAUGACAGAUAACUCAUAUGAAGGCAUAUUAUUAUCAUUAGACUCUUAUAAACCAACAUCUGCUCCUUUCCUAACCAAAACCUACCAGCUGGUGGAUGAUCCCACCACUGAUCACAUAGUUUCAUGGGGAGAACAAGACACAACCUUCGUCGUAUGGCGCCCACCCGAAUUCGCUCGAGAUCUGCUUCCAAAAUACUUCAAGCACAACAACUUCUCCUCUUUUGUCCGACAACUAAACACCUACGGUUUCAAGAAAGUUGUACCAGACAGAUGGGAGUUUGCAAAUGAAUUGUUCAAAAAAGGAGAAAAACAUUUGUUGUGUGAGAUCCAGCGUCGAAAAACAACACACCCGCACUUGACCGCCACUGGCCGCAGCCUAUCCCCACCACACUCCGACGACUACCUAUCCAUGCCACCUCUAUCUUCAUCAGCAUCCACCCCAACUGCAACAACAAGAGCUAGUGUCAUAGAAAUGUUUUCAAAAAGUAACUCAGCGACUGCGUUGUUCGAAGACAACGAGAGGCUUCGAAGGAGCAAUAACAUGUUGAUGUUGGAAGUUGCACACAUGCGGAAGCUUUACAAUGAUGUUUUAUACUUCCUACAUAACCAUGUGAAGCCAAGUAACUCAUACCCUUCAUCUAUUAUGUCACCUUCUACUAAUUGCUCUUUAAUUGUUGAAAAACGGCAUCAUUCGACAAUCAACAACAUUGUAAGUGAACAUGAUCAUAAGGUAGGUGCUGCUCGAACAAAGCUUUUCGGAGUUCCAAUAUUAUUAUCUAAGAAGAGACCUCGUUCAGAAUACGAGAGUGUUAAUAGUAACACAAUGGUGGAGACUCAUAAGGCAAGGUUGAUUAUCGAAAAAGAUGAUUUAAAGUUGGAACUCAUGCCUCCAUCUAGCUGUUGAAUCUUUUUGUUUUAGAUAUGUGAACUUUUGAACUUGGUUGAUUAGAAUAUAGUAGUUGCUACUUAACUAAAACCAGUAGUUUAUCUAGUCUAUGAUAUUUUGGAGUUGGUACAAAAAAGGGUUCAGGGAAGGUUUUGAUCUCUUACAUAUAC